AUGACCGCUGCGCUGUGUGUGUGUGUUUUGUUGGUGGUCCUCUGCACCAGCUGUUUGGGCCGCCCCCAUUCUUCCCAUCUCCAGGACGAGAGACGCCCUGCCCUCCUCCCUUCCCCAGAAGCUCGACUUGAGGCCGAAACCCCCAUCCUGUCCGAGUCCCACCUCCGACACACACGCUCCGCUCCUCAGCCCUUCCCACUCUCAGACGAGGGUGAAGACACAAGAGCUAACCUCAGCGAAUUACUGGCAAGACUCAUCUCAUCUAGGAAAGGUUCUGUGCGUAGGAACUCCACGGUGAAUAGCAAACCCAGUGGCCUCAGCUCCAGCCACCGGAUAAAGGACCGGGACUACUUGGGGUGGAUGGAUUUUGGACGCCGCAGUGCAGAGGAGUACGAAUACUCCUCCUAAAAAAUAGAGCUUGUGUAUGAGGACAUGAGGAAACAACGCAAGCAAGCCGUUCCUCACCGUCCAAUAAGAAGUCCAACCAUAUUUAUUAUGUCUUUGAUGUACAUUUGUUUGUAAAACUAUAUGAUGCAAUAUAUACAUAUGACAAAUUUUGCAGAAAAUCUAUAGUUUAAUUCCCUCUUUAUCUUCCCUUCAUGGUUUGCGGGUUAAACAAUUUAGAUGUUUUGGUAAUUGAGCAUAUAUUAUUACUUUAUUUUUAAGUAAUAAUAUUAUCACCACAAGUAAGU